AAUGGGUGAAUCCGGCUCUCGUCGCUCCACACUUGUUUCCCGCCUGCCGAUCUUCCGCCGCAGCAACAGUAAGAGGCAGGAUUCUCUCCCCUCCUCUCCCUCUUCAGGUGGAGUGGGAAAUGGUGUCCACACUUCCUCGCCCUCCAGCACUAACUCCAGCUCUGGCAGCACAGGGAAACGCCGGAGUCUCUUCCGCACUCCGUCUCUUAGUUUUACGAGUAAACGGAACAGUGAACCCCGUGUGCAGCCAAUCAACCUUAACCUCACUCCUCCACUGACACAGAGCACUGACGCUAAUGGAAAUAACCAGCAGUCGAUAACAUCGUCAGUGUCGACAGGGUUCAGUGAUGGCGGCGGACGACCCAAGUCGCGCCACUCGUUUGGGUUCGGCAGCCACAAGCAGAAGAAAAUCACACGUUCCCAGACCGAGGAUUUUGAGAAAGUAUCCUCUUCCUCCUCCACAACCAAUCGAAAUGUGUUCAUAAACUGCAUCAGUGGCUCGGGGGUCAAUGAGGGCGAUGACUCCGGGUUCCUCGAUGACUACAGCGGUGGCAGUAAUAACAAACGCUCGUCACGCCAGAAGAAGACGCUGCUGCCCAAGUCUUUCUCGGCUCACCACCGCUUCUCGCGCAACUCCGAUCACCACAGACCGCCAGAGGUGAAACUGGAACCUCCCAGCUCCACCACCACCACCACUCCCACCAUCACUCCGGGGGCAGGGGGACUCACGCCAGGGUCAUGGCCAGGCGAGCUGCUUGGAGCCAGUGGCGAGAGCUCACUCCAGUCCCCUAUGAUAUCAGAGGAUCGGACUACAGCCAUCACCCCUUCAGAGUUCGUCCCAAUCACGGAGGAUUCUGUAUCGGAGGUGGAUGCUCUGCCAGCUCCCAGCCCCGGCUCUGCUUUAGCCCCCGGACCUGUGUCUGAUCCUGGGCCGGCUACUGACCCAGCUCCACCUGACCUGCCAUCUGUUCCAGAGAGCUUCAGCCUGGCGGUCUCCACCUCCCAGGUUUUUUUCACUCCGGCUCAGUCCAGCACUGAGAAGCCAUUACUCCCCGACACCAGCACAGCCAACACCACAGACUAUGAGACUGCCGUUUCCCUUUCCGAGCCCGAGACAGCUGUACUCUGCCUUCCUCUGCCCGAACAAUCACUGGAAGAGAGGAAGGAGAGGGAGGAGGAGAGAAAGGAAGCGAAGAAAGAGGUGUCAGCAGAGGAGAGGAAGAAGAAGAAGAAGGAGGUGGUGGUGGAGGUGAGGAAGGCGGGGUACCUCACAGAGACCACGAGUGAGAGCGAGGCAGGCGGGGGGCGCAGCGAGGGUUGCCACUCUAAUCCAGAUCCCUCGGACCGGAGGGUGAGACACACGCUUUCGGUGCAAGAAAGAGGAAAGUUCUGCGGCUGCCACGAACCCAGGCCGUCCCACUUGAGGAAACCACACACAGCCUCUAUGUGCAGCAGCGUCAGCCCCUAUCAUGAGGUGAUGAGGAUGGAACGGCGUCUUCGCUCCUCGUCUGAGGGGGCAGGUGGGCCUCGUAUCCCAGGCAACCACAGGGAUGCCCGGGGCAUGGAGGGAUGUGGUCUGCUCAAACACCGAAACAACUCUUCCUCAUCAAAGCUGGGAAGUCUGGACGUGUUAAACUACCUGGGCUCCUCAGAGCUGGAUGAAGAUGACCUGAUGUUAGAUCUGGACCUCUCUGACGAUCAGCGGCAUCGCCACGUGUCCAGAGAAGACUCCAGUCAGUCCCUGGCCUCUUGUCUCAACCUGCUGCCCUCUCCCAUGGACCCAUCAGCAGACCGCAUCCUGGGGAAAGAAAACAAUCAGAGGGAGCCCAGCCGUCCGACUACCCUGCUGCCUGCUGACUGGAGCUCGGGGCUGGGUUUUGGGAGGGAAGACGAGUCCUUACCCCCAGGGCUGGAAGCGCUUCCACUGCGACUGAUGCAGCAGGACUGUACGGCUGUCAAAACCCUGCUUUUAAGACUGAGACGCACACUGCAGGAGAGCGCAGAGACGAGUCCUGCCAGCAGCCUCCAGUCUCUACCCAUCAGCCCUUGCAGUGAAAAGUCCCUUCCGUUCAAGGAUCCUGGCAGAGAGGAGGCCUUGUUGCAACAACUGAGGGAGAAAGACGAGCUGAUUCUCCGACUCCAGAGUGAACUGGAGAAUGCCAAAGCUGCCCUGAAGAUGAAAGACCGCCAAAUGACUGACCGCGUAACACAGACCGAGCACAUGGGGCCAGAGACCAAUCAUCCAGGCCGGUGGUCAGGACUAGGCAGCAGCAGCAGCAGCAGUCUGGCCCCAAGGGACCGAAGGGUAGUGCGGGUUGUGGGGGCAGCGCCCGCAGGGGACCUGUGUAACCAGCACGUCCUCCAUCACCAUCCACCUCUGCACGGCCACCCUCCUGCCUCCGAGCGACACGCUGCCAGGGAAGAGCGCCACUGUCAUGGGGCCCUGGGCCAGUCUUCAGCCCGUUACCCAGCAUCCCAUCUGGCUCCGGGCUCCUCCAGCCUGUCCCCUGCCGCCACCGCUGGGUCAGCCCCGGCCUCACCUUGUACUCCAGCUCAGCUUCUAGUGUCGCACCCGGGGCCCGAUCCGAAUCACUGCCCGGGCUCCGGGUCGGCGGCCGCUAAUCUCACCGUGAUCCCGUGUCUAUCCUCCAGGCAGCCAGAGGGGGUGUCCUCCUCCUCUGAGUCCCUAACUGUAGGAGGAGGAGGAGGAGGAGGAGGAGGAGGAGGAGGAGGAGGAGGAGUGAGUCUGUCAGGUGGAGUGAGGAGAGCAGGAGGAGAGCACUACCCCCCCAGCCAUAUUCCCCGCGCAGUCAUGGCCAGCGCCUCCUCCAGCCUCCACAGCCUGGCGGGCCGGGGGAGCCCCUCUCCCAGCGUCUCGUCGUCCGACCAGGCCUCCCCUCCCCCUCCCACACCUUCCUCCGCCUCCUCGUCCUCGUCCUCCUCCUCGUCCGCCACAUUCACGGGUCGUUUAGGACAGCCCCCCCGAGGCCCUCUGUCCCUGCACAGCUACAGUCGUAAAAACGUCUUCCUCCAGCAUUCCCUACAUACUGCCGAACUGCAAGCUCUGACACAGCGAGACAGUUGAGAGGGAUCAACCACAAGCAGCCAUAUUAUUGACUCGAGUGACAAAAUGUGUGACUUUAGAGAAACACUGCUGCUCCUUCGGAACAAGUCUCUUGAAUUUCACCGUCUCCGUUUCUCCGACACAUGAACAGCACGUAGUUCCAAUCCCACCGGUUUCUCUUCACUUUGCUCACCAACCCCUCGGCUGACAUUCUGUUCGAAGGCUCGCUCGCUUAAACACAUGAUCAUUCGCAGGUGCACAAGCGCAGGCUGCGAGUGUGAAAAAGGCACACACCCGUCUGUCAGAACUCCCACGUAGUGUCAUGCUGACAAUUUAGAUGUGCUUACGCCCACAGAGACACACAAAGUGCAGCGCAGAGACUCACAACCCUUCCACAGAGACACACACUUACACUCUCAGGCAGAUAUCUCCACUUGUAUCUCUGCUUCGCAAUCUGUACAAACAGGGUUUUCAAACCAGGACAGAGACGUGAGGUUUCUAUUUGUUUGUGCUUUUGUCGGUGAUAUUUUUUUUUUUUUAUUCCUUGAGGUUAAUACUUUUUACCAGUUUAAACCAUGGGCUGCUGAAGGAACUAUGGGAAAUGACCGUAGUGUGUGCUGGUAAGGAUUUAUUCUCACAUGGCCAAAACCCUACGUCAGAUCCACUCCACAUUCCUUAACGUCCACUUAGGAGUCAUCUGCAUCCACUACCCUCGUACUGCAUGCUUUUUAAAAUGUAAGGGAAAUACAGGUGGGCCUUUUCUACUGCAACAACACCGGGGUCCGGGGUCUUUUGAUAAUGUUUCAGUAUCAACUCUCACCUCAGUGUUUCAAGAAGGGAAUCGAAAACAUGCUACGACCUCGAAGAAAUGUGCUUUGAGAAGUUGUCGAUCCCACAUAACGAAGAGAUCACUUAUUCUCUCAGAGUAACUGGACCACUGUUUUUAAAAGAAAGCAAUGUUGCAAUAUUACCCCCUUAUAUACAAGAAUGAAGAUGUGUUUGCAAUGUUAGAAUAGUACAGUACAAAAUUAUCAAUUCACCCUUAUGAUUAGAAACAUUAUUCUGAAUUAUUAUCCCUGCAGACUUGGCGAACAAGAUCAAAACACAUGUGUGAAGAGAAAAAGGAUAUGAAAUCUGGAACAACCAGCAUUGUGUAUGUUUUUCCAAAAUG